GAUCGCCAUCCCACUCACUUACUCACUCACUGACCACCACCACCACCAGCAACAAGAACAAGAACAUUAUGGACUGGCAACUGAUUCGAGCACAACCGAUUUGGUACGAUACUAGCUACCUCCCAGGAAUACCAGUACCCAAGAAGAACCAGUCAACCCAAAUCUCAGAGGAACACAUCCAACUACUCAAGACCAGAGCAGACUGGAUACUCAAGACCAUCAGCGAACAGUUCUCGAUCUCAAUCCAACCAUCAGCAUCCAAAUCCAAAUCAAACCCAAACUUCAGCGGACUCUCUGAAUCUGAUAAAGCAUUCAUCCAUCGCAUCCUCACCUCGGGUACCUCAACCGAUAAACUCUCAGCACUCACCCUACUCGUCUCAUCCACCCCACUCCACUCUCGGAAUCAUCUGACCACCCUACUCAACCUAUCCAAGAAGAAGAACCGAGAAGAGGCAACCAGGACACUCCGCUCACUAGUAGAAUGGCUCAGAGGGGCUGGGAACCCCGAGCUGGGUGGUCUGCCAGCUCGGAAGCUCAAGUACUUCAGAGAUCAACCGGCCCUACCGAUCAUCGCUCAGGCCUACGGUCUAUCCAAGACUCGCACUCAGUUCAAGUUUGACGACCAGACCCGGAAGGAGUACGACGAAUGGCUCGCAAUCUGGGCUUUCGAGGACUGGCUCAAGAAUUGGUAUCUCGAUCUUCUGCGUGUCAUAGAGUCUUUCUCUCACGAUCCUAUCGUCAACACACGCUCUCAAAGUCUCUCUCAUCUAUUCUAUCUACUCAAGGAUAAACCAGAACAGGAACAGAACCUGUUAACCCUACUAGUCAAUAAACUAGGUGAUAGCAGUAAGAUGAUCUGCUCUCGAUCCUCACACUAUCUACUCCAAUUACUUCAAGUUCACCCUUUCAUCAAGCCGAUCGUUGCCAGGGAAAUUUCGGCCCUAGUCCUCAAGCCAAUCAUCGUCCACCCUUCUUCUAAAGCCGAUCAAAAGAACAAGACCGCCUCAGACGACCCCAGUCUUCGUCACCAUGACCAUGCUCGUUAUUAUGGCACCAUCACUCUCAACCAGAUCCCACUCAACAAGGAAGAGCACGAUGUAUCCAACAAACUUAUCCACCUCUACUUCGAACUCUUUAAUGAUAUCCUGGGCAAAGCCAAGACCGAAGAGGAAAUCAAAGCACCCGAAGAUCUGGAUGAGAAGAACGAAGAGGAUCUCGAGGCUGAACAUGCGCAAGAGCAAGAAACCGCUCAAAAACAAGCCAAGGGCCGCAAGAAGAAAGGCGGACAAGGGCCUAUGACUGGUAAAUCAACUAAGGCUAUCGCUGAGGAGGAAGCGGUCGCAGAAAAAAAGGCAAAGCUCGUGGCUGCCAUCUUGACUGGCUUGAAUCGUGCAUUCCCAUACGGAUCGAUCGAAAAUGAUAUCCUCAAAGGUUACAUGGAUACACUCUUUCGGAUCAGUCAUACCGGAGCAUUCAGUGUCUCGAUCCAGGCCCUAAUCUUGGUUCAACAUCUACUCAAGUCUAAACCGGAUCUAAGCGACAGAUUCUAUCGAGUCCUGUAUGGUACCCUGAUCGAUUAUCGUCUACUGACUGCUCCUUCUAAGCACGGCCUCUAUCUCAACCUAUUGUUCAAGUCCAUCAAGGCCGAUCCCAAUUCAUCCCGUGUCCUUGGCUUCGUCAAACGAGUCGUCCAAAUCCUUCCUUACCAUCAACCCCCGUUCAUUUGUUCGGCUAUCGUCCUACUGGGUCAUCUGUUUUCAACAAAUCCACACUGUAAUAAACUCUUUUCGAAACGUCCCGAAACGGAAGAAUUGACUGAAAAGGAAAAGUACGAUGGGAGAAAACGCGAUCCUAGCUAUGCUAAUGCCGACAAGUCUUGUCUUUGGGAACUGGUACCACUAUUGAGUCAUUACCAUCCAGCCGUCAGUCUGAAUGCGAGCCAACUGCUCUCCGGCGAGCCGAUCUCAUCCUCAGUCGACUUGACCCAUCACACCCUCUCCAACUUCCUCGACAAAUUCGUCUACCGUCAGCCUAAGAAAAACCUUACCCAAAAGGGCUCGUCGAUCAUGCAACCCGACCUUCAUUAUCGACUCGCCGACGUCGUCAAACGUCGUCCCAAUCAUCUCCCUUCUAACUCCGAUAAAAUUCCCGUCAACUCCAAAAGCUUCCUGUCUCGUAAGGAAGAGGAAAUUCCGGCCGAUGAGGUAUUUUUUCAUAAGUUUUUUAAGAAGAAGGAGAUUAAUGACCAGAAACACAAGAAACAGAAGGAACAAGUCAAAUCCAAGAAAACGAGAACAGAAGAGCAAGAUUUUGGAGGUCGAGGAGGUUCGGAUGACGGGUCGUCGGAAGAAGAGGAAGAGGAUGGAUCGGCCGUCUUACCAGGCUUUGAUGAAGCAGAAGAUGAAGAUGAUGAGGGGACGGAAGAGAACGAUGAGGAUGAGGUGUGGGCGGCGAUGAAAGCGUCGAUGGGCAAGGAACUGAAGACGGCCAUGCCGGACGAUGUGUCGGAGGACGACUGGUCGGCGAUGGAUCCUGCGGAGUUCGAGGAUAGCGAGGAUGAUGAAGACGAUGCCAAGUUGAAGCAACUUUUAGCAGACGAAGAAAACGACGACGAUGAUGAUGAGGGCUCGGACGUGUCUGGGGAUCAUCGGGCUGGCGGAUCGUCUUUCUUCGAGAAUGAGGAGAUCAGUGUCUCCGGCUUAGACGAUGACUCCUCAGACUCUGAAGCUGCUGGAGAAGAAGAUGAUGAAAGCGCGCAGAAGCGUUCGGCGCUCAAGGAUUCCCACUCGUCUCGCAAACGCAAACCUGAUCAUGCUUCAAAGAAACCUAGUUCCCAGCAGAAAUCCGCGGGAGGGCUGCCGGCUUCUAAGAAACGGAAAACUAGUUGGAAAACGUUGCCUACUUUUGCCGCCGCUGACGAGUAUCAACAUCUCUUGUCUGAUCAGGAAUCUUCUUAGCCUUUCUUUUUUUUUUUUUGUGGAACACAUUAUCUUGAUUGUUAUUUGUUGAAAAUCAAUCCAAUUUUACAACUUGUUUUUUUUUUAAUUCAUUGCUCUUUGCAUUUGGAUCACAACAAUAGAAUGUGUUUUGAUUUGUCAAAUCAAACAACCACACUUCCUCCAAUUCAAUUUUUCGUACAACCGUGAUGUGGGUUGAAG